AUGGAUAUUGACACUACUCAAAAUAUAAAAAUAAAUAUGGAUUCUAAAAUGAGAAAAAUGGAUAUUCAUUAUAAAAAGAGAAAAAUGGAUAUGAAUUCUGAGAAGAGAAAAAUAAAUAUUGAUAGUGGUGAUAUAGAAGAACAGAAUAACUAUAAUAAAAAUACUAGUUCUAACCUUAAAAAUUUAGGAUUCCGUUCUCACGACAUUGAUAUUGCAAUGUGGGCCCAGUUUUAA